AUUUUUUUCAAAAUUUUGUCGUGAUCUCCCAUAAUUAUCACAGAUAACUUUGACUCGUCGAGCGAAGAUUACGAAAUAAUAUGAAAAGAGGGACAAAGUGUGUCGUACAGACCAUUAAUCUGUCCAAUCCAAAAACAUGCAUAAGACCGAAGGUUCAGAGACCCACUAGUACGAAUGUAGAUUAUUCUUGCGAUCCUAAUCGUGCAAGUCCAAGUGCUAGAUCAGCGGCAGUUAAAGCUUACUCGUGGAAAGACGCUCAAUGGAGGCAUCCGUCAAAGUUCUGUGAACCUUUUCCGAAAAAGUCUCCGCCGUCUCCGAUACUUUGUAGGGCUGCGGCGUUUUUUAUAAAAAGUGCUAUCGUUGCUGGUCUCAUCUGUUGGACCUGCUCGGAAGGUCUUUGGGGCAGCAGCACCGAAACGGAAGAGCUAUAUUACAGAAUGACGAGUGUGAUUUUCCCCGAUCGACAGACAAGUUUGCCGCGUUUCGAGGAAGUAAAAUAUUCUGUGUUCGAAGUGUACAAUGACAUGUUGGUGAAAGGCAUGGAUAUUAUGGUCAGCGUGCCGCGUGAUGUGUAUCAAAGAUUGCAAGAAUUCUUAUUUCCCUGCAGUGCAACGAGGAAAAGAGAGAGGAGGGCGAAACGUUCUGACGAGUAUUGAGUGGAAAUAUAAUUUCGCAAAUUGUGCAUGUCAAAAUUCGAGAUACCGAUGUGAAUAUACGUACGAUAUUUUUUUUUUACAAAAAUUAAAUUUAUAUGAAACUUUCAGGCUGAUAUUCAGAAUCGAUUCUUAUUCUAAA